UGAAGUAGAACAGUGUUCCGCAAAAAUUAGGGUUUAAGGUCGGGACCCUGAGAGAAAGAAGCAGAAAAUCUUGGCGGAAUCAGAACGAUGAAUCCGCUAACCCUAGUGAAACGCAUUCAGAACAUCAAUUCCAGAGAAGCCCAAUUAGGGAUUUCGGAGGAGGCUUCGUGGCACGCCAAGUACAAAGACUCCGCCUACGUCUACGUCGGCGGCGUUCCCUUCGAUCUCACCGAAGGCGAUCUCCUCGCCGUUUUCGCACAAUACGGUGAGAUCGUGGAUGUGAAUCUUGUUCGCGAUAAGGCGACUGGGAAAUCCAAGGCGUUUGCGUUUGUGGCGUACGAGGACCAGAGGAGCACUAUUCUUUCUGUGGAUAAUUUGAACGGAGCUCAAAUUUUAGGGCGGACAAUUAGGGUUGAUCAUGUGACUAAGUACAAGAAGAAGGAGGAGGAAGAUGAAGAGGAGGCGCAGCGGAAGAGGGAGGAGCGGGGUGUUUGCCGGGCUUUCCAGAAAGGCGAAUGCACUCGUGGAGAUUCGUGCAAGUUUUCGCACAAUGAGCAAAGAGCUGCAAACACAGGUUGGGGUGAAAAAGACCCAAAAUGGGGGCGUGACAGUUAUGAGGGCCCAAAAAGGGGUGAUAAAAGAUCUAGCUUCAUUCCGCCAAAUCGUGUUCCAGGGCCAAAAGUUCAGGAAGAGUUCAGAUCAGGGGGUAGGGACUUCGAAAGUCACACCAAGCGAAGUGAUGGGAGGGAGCAAAAGAGACUGGGUAUACAGGGGGGUGAUGAUGAAAAGUUUAAGCCUAGAUCAAGAGAUCAUGAUAGGGAGGAAGAAAAUAGAUCAAGAAGACGGAGUGAGGAUGAUGAAUCGGGGCCCAAUUCAAGAGAACGUUAUGGUAGGAGAGAAGAACAGAGAUCGAGAAGGCACAAUGAUGAUGAGUUUCAGCCGAAGUCAAGAGAAGAUUAUGAUAGAAAGAAUGAUAAAAGAGCCCAAAGGUGUGGUGAUGAUGAGGAACUUGAGCCAAAGCUAAAUUCUAGAGAAGAUCAUGAUAGGAGGGGAGAUGAUAGAAGGGAAAAUAAGAAACUGAGAAGGCAUAGCGAUGAUGGUGAAUUUGAGCCCAAAUCUCGUGGUAGGAGGGAAGAUGAUAGUAGGGAAGAUAAGGAACUGAGAAGGCAUGCUGGUGAUGCUGAUUUUGAUCCAAAAUCUAGAGACAAUCAUGAUAGGAUGGAUGAAAAGAGAUUGAGAAGGCACAGUGGUUAUGAAAAUCGUCCAAAGUCCAGAGAAGAUUAUGAUAGGAGGGAAGAACAGAGGCAAUGCCGAUGAAUUUGAUCUGAAGUCGAGAGCAGGCCGUCUUAGGAGUGAAAAGGGAGACUGAGAAGAUGGGUGUGAUGAUAAUCUAGGCCAAGAUCAAAAGUUAGAUCAUUGAAAAGAAGGGAAGAGAAGAAUACAAGUACCACAAAGGAAGGACCAGAAUCCUAUAUGGAAAAAUAUAUGAACGAAUGGGUAACACCCAUCACAAAAAGAGAAAUAAUGAUUUAAAUCAAAUAUGGUGCUCUUUCCAUCUUUGGCAUCCCUUGUGUGCAAUAAGAUCACUCCUGUUAAGCAAUGUGAGACUUGUUUCUUUUUUCUUGUGUAAGCUAACAUCCUAACUAUGUUUCCAUUGAUUUGUUUUGUUUGUUUUUUCUAUUAGGUUUUUGUUGGUGUUUCUCUUGGAUGAGAUUUAAUUGAUAUAUGCAUUUGACUAGCAAUGUUGCAACUCUGCAUAAAA